UGAAGCAUCGCCCCCUGUAGGACUGGAGACCAAAAUCUGACAGGAGCUCCGUAGCAGUCGCCUGGAACUGUCUGUCAGAAGAUAAUGUGAGGUGUGUGUUUGAGUGUGAAAAUGUCAAGUCGUAGGAUGCACUUCAUUUAUCCGCUAUGUUUUAUUUUGGCUUUGCGUUCCUGUAUCGGGGCUGAGGUGUCCCUCUGGAAUGUCAAGAUCCCGAUGUCUCCGGAUCCCGUGUUCCGUAAAACCUUGUUUGCCAACACCACCAUCUACCUGAAAUUUCAAGGUGAAAUUGAGGAAUGUGACAAAAAUCUAGCCUUCAACGUUAGCUGGUAUCUUCGCUCCUCCGUUUGCUACAAUGAGGUCUUUAACACUGCUGACAACAAGGCUUUGGCAUUGUUUGGAAGGGACCGUAUGGUGAAGGAUGACUGGAGUGGCUACUACAGCCAGGGCUACAUUCUCUUCGACAACUGCACUUCCCUUUUUACCCCUAAGGUGUACUACUCCGAGUUUGUUCCAUACCAGCCCCUCUCCAGCCCUGAGGAUGAUGAGAGCACGCCUUCCAAUCAGAGCACAUCGCAAGGAUGGCAAGAGAAGCCGUCCAUAGGCGCGGUGGCCAAAGCGUGGCGUGACAGUCCCUACAUGUUCAUCGUCAAAGUGAGGAGUCGGAACACCGCGGCACCACGACCGGAAGAGCAGGACCCCAAAGAGGCUGCUGGGAAAUAUGCCUUCACCAUGACGGUAGAGAUGAAAGGCCCUUACGAAUAUUCCUCCCCUGCUGACUGGCCUCUCAUGAUGUUCUACAUGGUCAUGGUCAUCGUGUACGUCCUGUUCGCGCUCCUCUGGCUCGUCUGGUCACUCUGCUACUGGCGGGACCUGCUGCGCAUCCAGUUCUGGGUCGGCGCCGUGAUCCUGCUGGGAAUGCUGGAGAAGGCCGUGUUCUACUCCGAGUACCAGAGCAUCCGUUACCGCGGCGACUACGUCCAGGGUGCUGUGAUCUUCGCCGAGCUGCUGUCGGACCUGAAGAGGUCUCUGGCUCGAGUCCUGGUGCUGAUUGUUAGCCUGGGCUACGGCAUUGUCAAGCCGAGGCUGGGUACGACAGUGCACCGAUUGGUCGCCGUGGGGCUGCUGUACCUGCUCUUCUCCUCUGUGGAGGGAGUGCUGAGAGUCACCGGGAGCUUCUAUGGCACAGUAGCCCUUGUGGCCAACCUCAGCCUGUCGCUCAUUGACUCCUGCGUGAUGUGGUGGAUCUUCAUCAGCCUGUCCCAGACCACCCGCCUACUGAAGCUCCGCAGGAACGUGGUGAAGCUGUCCCUCUACCAGCACUUCACCAACACCCUCAUCUUCUCCGUCCUGGCCUCCAUCGUGUUCAUCAUCUGGACAACCAAAGUCUUCAAGCUGGUCGACUGUCAGACGGGCUGGAGGGAUCUGUGGGUGGAUGAUGCGUUCUGGCGGUUGCUCUUCUCCACCAUCCUGCUGGUCAUCAUGGUGCUGCUGCGGCCCUCCGCCAACAGCCAGAGGUUCUCUCACUCGCCACUUAUCGACGAUGACGAGGAUGAUGAUGAAGUCAAGGAGCCAAUGCUGAAUGAGGCUUUCGAGGGAAUGAAGAUGAGGGGGGCAAAGCCAGAGACCAACGGAGCCCAAAAGCUGCUGAGCAAAGAGGAUGAGGACCUGAAAUGGGUGGAGGAGAACAUCCCCACUACUGUGGCUGAUGUAGCGCUUCCUGUGAUGCUGGAUGAGGAGGAGGAAAUUCUGAAAACCAAGAUGGAAAGAUCGAAGAUGGAAUAAUGAAGGAGGGGAAGAGCUCUGUUGAGCACUACACUACUGUAUUUGGACUCACAUGAGUCAACACUGGAUUUUUUUUUUUCUUUCUUUUUUUCUUCCACAUCGAUACACACACGCACCCACAUACACACACACACACACACACAGCUUUAAGUAUACGUUUUCUUUAUGUGAGAUCACCCGCUGACACUGCGCAGUCAUUGAAUGAGCGGAGAGAGAGCAGGGGCGGGGAGUGUUAGGCGUGAUGUCAUUCUAUGGUGCAGUACAUGCUGAGUCAGUCUGGUUUCUGGUGUGAGCCUGGACUAAGACGUAAGGCGUAAAACCGUUUCAUGCUGCAUAAGAGAAACAGCCACGAAAGCUUGCAAAUGAAGAAGGAAGAACAGAAACGCCGAAUAGUCCAUUUAAAUUGAGUGUCGGUGUUUGCGAAGCAAAGUCUUUCCUUGAAGAAGAAGAAAAGUUUUCUCCCUAAUUUCCUCUUGUGGUUAUCGUCUGCGUUUGGUCUACUGCUCUGGGAGCACAGGAACGCACACAUAAAUGUUUGUCUUGAAGGGCUUGCCAGACCGGUUCUGGGUGGCCACAAGGAAGGUAGAAAAAAAAAAGCUCUAGGUAACUGAUCUGUGCCUUAGUACACCUAAGAGAACACUGCUCAGUUUACAGCAAGAAAAGCUUGCAUUUCAUCCUUUGAUUCUUGCAGAGACGCUCCCUAAUGCAAUGAAACUAUGAAGACAGACGCCACAUCGAGCCAUAAUUGGAAUUGCUACUGCUUUCCAAUACAUUUCAGUAUGUGAGAAGUUAUGCAACCAGCUUUAUUUUUUGUGAGUUCUCACUGCAAAGGGAUUCGAUCUUUAUGGAUUGUGUUACUUUUUUUUAACUGAUUACAUGCACUUUUCUUUCAUUGAUUACAUGCACUCCACUUAUCGCUUUUGACCCCCCCAACAAACCCUAUAAUAAAAACAUUUAAAUAUUUUAAAGGUCCAAAGACUUAGGCCGUGCGAUCUACUGUAACCUGGCCUAUUUGGCUUUUUAAUUUAUUAACUACAUUUGGUUCUAUGUUGUGAACGCGAAUAAUAUAAGGGUUAUGUUUUCUUUGACAUAGUUGGACAAAAUAUAACGAAAAUGUGACGUGUAAAAUGGGUUUGCCUGCCAUUUUGUACUCUAUGUUCUUUUCGUUUCAGGGUUAAUCUUUAUAUUAAACGCUAUUUUUGUCAGUUA